UCAGUCAGUCAGACUCAGAUGAGAAGCGGAGAAAGUCAGACUGAAACCCGCUCAGGUAAAGAGGAUUCCGCCGCAGUCCGAGAUCUUUUCUGUCAGCACUGAUCACAGGCGCUUAACGCAUGUCAGUCUUGUCCGACUCUCUGGGGGAUGUGUCCAGCGACAGCUUCUGGGAGGUGGGGAACUUCAAGCGUGCGGUGAAGCGUGUGGACGAUGGGAACCGGCUGUGUAACGACCUGAUGAACUGUCUGCACGAGCGUGCACGCAUCGAGAAGAGCUACGCCACGCAGCUCAGCGACUGGGCCAAGCGCUGGACACAGCUGCUGGAGAGAGGGCCUCAGUACGGGACGGUGGGGCGAGCAUGGUCCGCUCUGAUGACGGAGGCAGAGAAGGUGAGCGACCUGCACAUGGAGGUGAAGACUGCACUGACCGGAGAGCACCUGGAGAAAAUCAAGAGCUGGCAGAAGGACGCUUACCACAAACAGAUGAUUGGUGGCUUCAAGGAGACCAAAGAAGCAGAAGAUGGCUUUCGCAAGGCACAGAAACCCUGGGCCAAGAAGCUCAAGGAGGUGAAUGCGAUGAAGAAGGCCUACCACAACGCCUGUAAGGAGGAGAAAACGGCCUCCAGCCGAGAGAGCUCAAGCAAGCUGGAGAAUAACAACCCAGAAGCCCAGAAGAAGCUGCAGGAGAAAGUGGAGAAGAGCCAGCAGGAAGUUCAGAAGGCGCAGGAGCACUACAGGACGUCUCUGGAGGAGCUGGAGAAGCUGACCCCUCAGUACAUGGAGAACAUGGAGCAGGUGUUCGAGCAGUGGCAGCAGUUUGAGGGCAAGAGACUGCACUUCUUCAGAGAGCUGCUGCUGGACGUCAAGCAGCACCUCGACCUCUCCUCCAAUCACAAGUACUCCAGCAUCUAUCACACACUGGAGGACACGCUCCAGGCAGCCGACGCACAGGAAGACCUCAAGUGGUUCCGCUGCAACCACGGGCCCGGCAUGACCAUGAGCUGGCCUCAGUUUGAGGAAUGGUCCAUGGACUCGAAUCAAACCAAGAGGAAACACGCUGAUGGAGAGACUCUGCCGGGGAUGAGUCAAACCACAGAGCAGACCUGUAAAACCAGCGUGCCUGUGGUCAGCAGCUUAAACCCGUUUGAUGAAGAGGAGGAUGGGGAGGAUGAAGAGGAGGCGGCGGUGAUGAUGGAGCGGCCCGAGAGCAGCCUGGUCCCUGUCAAACCAGAGGAAGUGAUAGCACAAACUGAAGCGUGUGGUGUUUCCUGUGCUCUCAGCGCUGGUACUGUGGAGAAGACGGCGGCUGACGGCUCUGACAAGGAGGCAGGGAAUCCCUUCGCUAACACUUAUGCUAACAGCAAUCCGUUUGAGGACGAGCCGUGUUCAGCGGGUGAGGCGUGUGUGCGAGCCCUAUACGACUACGAGGGCCACGAUCGGGACGAGCUGAGCUUCAGAGCAGGAGAUCAGCUGAUGGAGAUCAGAGAGGAGGACGAGCAGGGCUGGUGUCAGGGGCGUCUGAGCGACGGCACCGUCGGACUCUACCCCGCCAACUACGUGGAGCACCUGCAGUGACGGCGCUGAAGGGCAUGAUGGGAAACAGGCCGAGCGCUCGAGCUGAUCAACACUCAUCACUCUCCAGGACAAGCAGUCCUGUGCCACUUUAAAGACAGUUUGCUUUGAGGAACACAAGGGAUGUGGAUGGACAUGAUCUGACCCCAGUGUCUGUGGGAUGUCGGGUCAGAUCUGGGUCUGGGUCUGGACGUGCUGUAGAGCGCCUCAUAUAUCUAUAUAUUACUGUGUGUGUGUGAGUGUGUGUGAUGAAGCCCUGAGCAUCCACUCUGUGUUCACUGUGUUACAGCUGAUGAAAGAUCAUAUGUGUGAAUAGUCUCGUUUCUUUCAGGUGGUGCUGUGUUGUGGUGCCAUACAGUGACAGAUGCACGUCUGUGUGUGUGUGUGUGUGUGUGUUUCAUAUUUGUGCAGUACUGAAAUGGAUUGAAGGAGCUGAAUGUUGUGCAGUUACACAGUUCAUUGGUGUUUAUUCAAGCUGACAAUAAAAGAAUUCAAUCCUA